AUGGCAAUAGAUAGCCAAGGACCGAUAGAUGUGCCGGUGGUCAUCAUUGGUGGAGGCGGCUGUGGUCUGAACCUGUCUAUCUUCCUAUCGGCAAAGGAGAUACCGCACAUCUUAUUUGAAAAGCAUAGUGGAACUUCGAUUUUGCCAAAGGCGCACUAUCUCAACCAGAGGAGCCUGGAAAUCUUCCGUGUUCACGGCUAUGCGCACCGCAUCAGAGACCAGAGCGCCCCCAACCGAUGUAUUAGCCAGGUGACUUUUUCGACUUCCCUGGGAGGCACGGGUCCAUAUGACCGGAAGCUCUUUUUUUCCAGCCCCUCUUUCGGCGGUGACGAGGGUUCUGAAUUACUUCAUAAGUACAUGCUUGUUGGGCCUGAAAGACCUGCGAACUUGCCGCUGGUCCGAUCAGAGCCUAUCUGGAGAGCAGUCGCAGAAGAGAGAAACCCCGGCAAUAUCAGGUUCUCCCACAGAGUGAUCGAUGUUGUUGCACACGACGAUUAUGUGUUGGUCAUUGUUCAACUUCCCGAGGGUCCACAGGUCACCUAUCGCGCGCAAUAUGUCGUCGCUGCCGAAGGUGGUAGAGGUAUCAUCGCACCAAAGAUCGGUGCUGUUCUCGAAGGCCCGACGGAUAUUGCGGACGUUGUGUCAGUACACUUCGAGGCAGACCUGUCCCAGUAUUGGGACGAGCGAACCUUGAUUGCGAAUUUCAUCAACCCCGAAGGCGAGACAAUUCUUGGAAGCGGCACAGUCGUUUGCAUGGGUCCCACGUUUGGACGCUACUCUGAAAACUGGACCAUUCACUUCGGUUUCCGCGUUGAUGAUCCAGCUCGGUUUUCGGAAGCCCAGGAGCAUCUACUGAUACCGCGAAUUCGAGAGUUGCUCAAGAUUCCAGACCUGCAACUCAAGGUACAUGCUGUCAGUCACUGGGUACUGGAGCGUGUUUUGGCCAGCAAAUAUAGAGAAGGGAGGAUCUUCAUUGCUGGCGACGCGGCGCACCGACGCCCGCCCACGACUGGCUUAGGUCUCAACACCUCUAUCGAAGAUGCAUAUAAUCUCUCCUGGAAGCUUGCCCAAGUAAUUAAAGGAACCGCAUCACCAAAGCUUCUGAAUACCUAUGAGCAAGAGAGACGUCUUAUCGGAAAGCGAAAUUGCGAUUGGGGGUUACUGACAUUCUCAAACCAAGCUAUUAUUGCCGCUGCGGUGGGUUUCAUUCCUGGACAACGGGAACUCAAUCGUGCGCGGAUGGAAGCCUUACUCGAAGACUCUGAUAUUGGUGAGACUUUCCGUGCUCAGCUGAGAUACCUAAUCAAGAGUCAAAUGAUCGAAUACUCAGCACUGGACCUCGAACUCGGGUUUAGCUAUUGGCGAGGUGGCGCAUUGGUCUCGGACCGCACGGAGAGACCUCCUAUUGACCCCCUCGGGCAAACAUAUGUCCAAGUAAGCAGGCCUGGGCAUCGACUCCCUCAUGUCUGGCUUGAGGAGAAGGAUGAUCGUGCCCAUCGGGUUCUGUCGACGCACGACCUCAUCAAGAAGACGGAGGACUACUUGCUUAUCACUGACCAAUAUGGAUCCGUCUGGAUCGAGGCCAUCCAAAAAGCGGUGGGAGAGUUGAAGGUCAAUGUCGGGAUUGCUCAGAUUGGCCCGUUGGCUUCGGGGCUGCGGCCUUGCGCGUACGUUGACCGGGAAGAUCGCUGGCCCAAAGAGUCCCAGCUUCGGAGAGGAGGGGCAAUUCUCGUCCGUCCGGACAACUUUGUGGCCUGGAGACAAUUGGACGGUAGCGUGCGCAAUGGGGAUGAAGUUGUUGAGGCGCUCAAGACCUUGCUCGGUGAUACGGUCGGCCAGGACAUUCCGAUCAACCCUUACGAUCCCAAUGGGUUUGUAUCUCAAAAGGUAAAGGUUGGUCUAACCAAAGGCGUCAUAAAUGGGAAUGAUCCCAUCACAGCCAGUGCGACCAAUCGAGUCAAGAUCAGCCGAGCCACAGUCGCCGGAUCUCACGCAGGACAAUUUCAGCGGGACGACGAUAGUGGAGACUAG